CAUUCCAAAAACACCACGUCAGUGAAAGAUUAGUGUUUGUGAAAACUGCGCAGAAUUACAAGGCACACGAAAAAGUUGCGUGAGAUCAAGUUGGGAAAAUACCUAGCAAGUAGGUGCGAUGAAGAAAACGAAAAGCACAAGGCGACUGAGAAACGCAAGAGCAGAAGCAAAAGUCGAGGCUUCACCACAAAUGGAUUAAAAUAAACAACAUCAGAUAUAAUUCAGAGUGCGCUUGGAUAACACUGAAACUGAAAGUCAACACAAAGCACCCUAAAAUGCAAUUUUAAUUUUUGAUAAAAUUUUAAAGUUGCACCCAAACAACAAUAAGCAAAAUAAUAUAGCAAGGAAAGCUAAACUAAUUACAACCCAAUGGCGCCACCUAGUAACGGAGUGGUCAUUCCUAUGCCCAAGUGCGUAGCAAUUUCAUCAAACAGCUUGCCCAAGCUGCGCCCCGCACCCAUCUCUACAGCUGUGCUCAAGAGUCUGGGUGCUGCGUCACCCGCCUCCACUUCAGGCUACGCAUCAUCGUCCAACAGCGUUGUUGAGGAGGAGCAAAUGGCAGGAAAUUCCUCAGCCCCAAAGGCGAAGAAGCGCCGCUUGGAUCAUCUGACAUGGGAGGAGAAAGUUCAGAGAAAGAAGCUUAAGAAUCGUGUGGCCGCGCAAACAUCACGAGAUCGCAAAAAGGCACGCAUGGAGGAAAUGGAAUUUGAAAUCAAGGAGUUAACCGAGAAAACUGAAAUCCUACAAAACAAAUGUGAAAGUCUACAGACCAUCAAUGACGCACUGCUAGCUAAAAAUCAAAAGCUAGAUACAGAAGUGGAAUUAUUGCGUCAGGAACUUUCCGAAAUGAAACAGGCCACAAACCAAUGCAACAGCAGCAGCAGCAGCAUCGCCAGUGCAAACGCUGAUGGCUGUGCGUCCAUAAACACUGGACGCAGUAUCCAAUACUGACCCUCUGCAGCAGGGUAUAAACAUGGACACACAGUCGUCAGCGAGUGCAUUGACGACAUCGCAGUUGCAGGAGCAGCUGAAAAAGAGCAGCACAACAGCCUCGCUCUGGAAGAUUGUGGCCCUCUGCCUACUUUACAAGACAUGCUGCUCGUCGACGACGAAGAGUUCGAUGCGCGGCGGCUUGAAGAGCUGGCAGAGAGUCUGCUCGCAGAUAUCACAGCAGAAUUGGAGACAGGCACUGGAAACAGCUGCAAAACUUCUGCCAAAGAUGCAAGCGACGCAGAGCGAUUGCCUGGAUCAGUGGUGGGGCCCGCAGCAGAGUGCGUGGAAUCCAGCAGGCAUAGAACUGAUGGCAUAACCACUGCAAGCUCAGCCCCCAAUCCGGAUAAUGAGCAUGUCGUUAAUGAUAUAACCCCCCCUCUAUUACAAACAAACGGCAGCAACCUAGAAUUGCAGGUGUUGCACAUAAAUGGAAACUUACAAGAAGAUACAGUUGUGGCAACAACGACAUCAACAGUUCCAGCAGCUAUGCAGCCUACACCGGAUACCGUGUACGGCACCUACGAUGCCAAAACAAAUUCGAUAACCAUUGUCAUGGAUGGCGAUGCGGUGCCGGUUAAUGAAGCCGUCGAAGAGAUAUACUGUGAGGGCGUUGCCGCCACAGACGAUACUACCGAUGUCAUCAUGAAGUGUCCAACGCCGGCGACAUCUCCCUCACAGGUUUAUCUCAAUGUCGUCAAUGCGACCGACGAUUCGGAUGACGAUAUGAACUUUGAUCCAAUUGAGAAGUUUCUCCGCCCGCGUAUUAAAGCCAUCUCACCAUUGGCCAAAUCACCAGCGUUAUCGCAUUCAGCAAUCUCGGAUCAUGGGUACGAGUCAAUAAUGGGCUCACCGACAUCUACAACUAUAUCACAAUUUGAUAUUGAAAGCACAAUGCCCACAGAUGACGAGGAUUUCCCCUGGCACAGUAAUUUUGAUGAGCUAUUCCCUAAUUUGAAUUCGUUGUGAACUCAAUACAAUUUGAAGUUUUCAAAUUGAUGAUUUAAUUUUUCAAAUUGAAAAUUAUUAUUUGGAUCCAAUAGUUUCUCCCUUACAACCAAUUUAAGUUCGGCCGGCCGCUCCCCUUAUUUUAAGCACUCUUAGUUAUAGAAGCUGUAACUGUUGCUAAUUGUACAGAAUUUGUCGUUAAUGGCUUUACAUAUAUAUUCAUAAGUAUAUGAUUGAUAUUGUACUUGAGAAGUACGCCCCUAGCUAAGUUGUAAGUUUCCAUUUGUAUUUAACACUCGUUAAACACUUAGGUUAAUGCUAAUUGUAAAAAUAUAGACGGACAUACAUAUUUCGAUGUGCUCAAAAAAAAAAAAUUAUCCAAUAUAUGAUCACUUUAACAUUGCAUAACUAUACACAACAAAAAUAUAUUAUAUGCGCUACACAAAAGCAGCUAAA